UGAGUACUGAACUCAAUUAACCGGCAAGUUGGCAGCUGUAUUGACACUACGGCUCAGUUCUUUUCGCUACGCGAUAAGGAUUCACUCGUAGUUUCUUUUUCUUUGCGUUGAGCAGGCCUUAGACUAAACAUCCCUGAAUUCGGUUCAAAUGACGUCUCACGUUGAGCUCUUGUCAAAUGGUUUACGACAACUAGAACUCCAGCAGUCCGAAACGAAUCUCGGGUCGAAUUACCAUGACGGCGGGGACCCGCAAUCUAAGAAUGACCCUGCUCCAGAUAACGAGCCUCUUUUGGCAUCUUCAUCAGCCCAUGCCUCACCUCCCAGUCCUCCCCAAGUCCGAGAAGGUUAUGGCUUUCGACAGGUUUCAGGUACUUCGACGCCUCUCACUGUGCCCACUCGUGCUAUCGAGGGAAACCGCGCACUUCCUGACCCAAAUGGUCUUGGAUGGCCUGCAAAAUCCACCGUGUCUCGUUUGAACGAGACCACACCAGACCGCGCUGCGCGUGAGAAAAUGAUGGUCUCUGCAGUACGGACUAUUCUUGAAUGUAUCGGAGAGGACCCCAACCGGGAAGGCUUGUUGAAGACGCCGGAGAGGUUCGCUCAGGCUAUGAUGUGGAUGACUCGGGGAUACGAAGAGCGACUAGCAGAUGUAAUCAACGAUGCGGUGUUCGCAGAGGAUCACGAUGAGAUGGUUCUAGUCCGUGAAAUCGAUAUUUCCAGCCUUUGUGAACAUCACUUGGUUCCUUUUACAGGAAAAGUCGCUAUCGCGUACAUCCCAAAUCAGCUAGUCCUUGGACUUUCUAAGCUUGCGCGCAUUGCCGAAACUUUCAGUCGUCGUCUGCAGGUUCAAGAGCGAUUAACUAAACAGAUUGCUAUCGCCGUUCAGGAGGCAAUUAAGCCCCGCGGAGUGGCAGUCGUUAUGGAAGCAACCCAUAUGUGCAUGACCAUGCGCGGUGUACAGAAACCAGGUUCCAUUACUGUCACUUCCUGCAUGCUGGGCUGUUUCCGAACUCAACAAAAGACUCGGGAGGAAUUCCUCACCUUGAUUAAAAGAUGACCACAGCUAUUGGCCACCUACCGCGAUUCAACUCGGGAUAUCAUCGAUUCAACUCGUAGUCACUCAUUCACCACAGCUACAUACCAUAUAAUAAUUUUCAUGACUUGUGUA